UCAGUCAGAGUUCUGCUUCCUUCUCUCCUGAAGAUGAUAUCAAUGAGGAUCCUCUGUGCGUUGCUGUGCCUUAACAUAGCCUGGGCACAAAGUGAAGGAUCUGGCUUUGAACAGCUGGGUGGAGCACUGCGUGGUCCCAGGGUUGUGGAGCACAAUACUCAGACCACCUGCCAAUAUGAGAAGAACUGGCCCCUCUGUGCGAAUGAUGACUGGGGUGCAAACUGCCCAUCAGGCUGCAGAAUGCAAGGACUGAUUGAUGAAACAGACCGUGAUUAUAAUCGUAGAAUAGACAAAAUCAAGAAACUGCUAGCAGAUAAUCAAGACAACUAUAAAACAUCCAAUCGGAUAGUUGUGGAAACCAUAAAUGAAAUAAAACCAAAUCUGGACAACGCUCAGCAGCUUGAUGAGGAUUACGAUCGCGUGUCAGGAGAACUAAGGCAGAGAAUUGUGACAUUAAAGCAGAGAGUUGUCACUCAAGUAAACAGAAUUAAAGCUCUGCAGAGCAGCAUCCAGGAACAGGUGGUGGAGAUGAAGCGUUUGGAGGUGGACAUUGAUAUUAAGAUACGAGCUUGCAAAGGAACCUGUGCUAGAGGUUUUGAUUACCAGGUGGACAAAGAAAGCUACAACAAUAUCCAGAAGCAGCUUACCCAAGCCAGCUCCAUCAACUUGCACCCAGAGCUUCAAACAGCCACCUUGAGCACACUGAAAAUGAGGCCACUUAAAGACUCAAAUGUUCCUGAGCAUUUUAAGCAUAAGCCUCUACCAGAAAUGCAAGCUCUGAACAUAAUUAAUAACAUCAGGCAGAUGCAAGCUGUAUUAGAAGGAUCAGCAAAAGACGCAAAACCCUCCCCAGGGGAGAGCAGGUAUCCUCUGGAAGAAUCAAGGGGGGAUAGACCUUCACACAGCAGCAAAUUAGUUCCUCCCACUCAUGGGAGAGAACUCCCUAGUCUGGUAGACAAAACCUCCUCCACUGUUCGUAGAUGCACCAAAACUACCACCAAGAAAGUUAUUACUGGCCCUGAUGGCCCUAGAGAAGAAGUAGUUGAAAAACUGGUUUCUUCUGAUGGCUCAGACUGCUCCUAUUUACAAGGAGCAGGAAAUGCUGGAGGUGAAGGGACCGUGUACCAUGUUGGUGGGAUAGGUGACUUCCACAAGCUAGAGACCUUAUUCCCUGAGCUAGAAUCGUUUUUUACCCCUGACUCUCCAUCCACUGCUAAUAGGCACUCAGGUGCAUCUAGCGUCCAUGUAACAGGCAGUAGCCGCUUAGGUAGUGAAGUAGCCAGCCAUCCAGGGAAAAUCAAAUUUACAGACUUAGGAGAGGAGGAAGAAGAUGACUUUGGAGGACUUCAUCCAUCUGGAUUCCCAUCUGGUAGUGCGAGUCACACCAAGACUGUAGUGACCAGCGCCUCUUCUAGUUUCAACAAGGGAGGCUCCACUUUCGAAACCAAAUCACUAAAGACCCGUGAAAUAACUGAGCAGCUAGGUGGGGUGCAACAUGAUCAGAGUGCAGAGGAUACCCCAGACUUUCAGGCACGCAGCUUCAGAUCGUCACGAGUGAAGCAAAGGACAGCCAGCACUGGGAAAGACUGUGAUGAUAUCCGCCAGAAACACACUUUUGGUGCCAAAAGUGGCAUUUUCAAAAUCCAGCCAGCGGGAUCCAAUAAGGUUUUGUCAGUUUAUUGCGACCAAGAGACCACUUUGGGAGGAUGGCUAUUGAUCCAACAGAGAAUGGAUGGAUCAGUGAAUUUUAACCGGACCUGGCAAGACUACAAGAGAGGUUUCGGCAGCGUGGAUGGCAGAGGGCAAGGAGAGUUCUGGCUGGGCAAUGAAAACAUACACUUGCUGACUCAGAACGACACCCUCCUUCGGGUAGAGUUAGAGGACUGGGAUGGAAAUGCUGUGUAUGCAGAAUAUAUCAUACAGGUAGGGUCUGAAGCAGAAGGGUACGCCCUGGCCGUGUCCUCCUACGAGGGGACUGCCGGGGAUGCGCUGAUUGCCGGCUGGCUGGAAGAGGGCACUGAAUACACCUCCCAUGACCAGAUGCAGUUCAGCACCUUUGACCAGGACCAGGACCGGUGGGAGGAGAGCUGUGCGGAGAUGUACGGAGGUGGCUGGUGGUACAAUAGCUGCCAGGCAGCCAACCUCAAUGGCAUUUACUACCUGGGGGGCCACUACGACCCCAGGUACAAUGUGCCUUAUGAGAUAGAAAAUGGUGUGGUCUGGCUGCCGUUCAGAGCCUCUGACUAUUCCCUUAAAACUGUUAGAAUGAAAAUCAGGCCCAUAGAAACCCUGUAGAAAGACAGGCUUUUAAUACAUGUAUUACAACUACAGGUUGAAAAGUGUUUUUUUAUAUGUAUGUGUAUGAUGUACCUUUACUCUCUGAAUUUCAACGCAAUUGGGCACACGUGUGGCUUAAAAAAUAAACACUGAUU